ACAGGCCUGGGUUCCUUGCGAACCCAACACAUUUGCCCGGGUUGGGUUCCAAGGAACCCAAGCGCUUGGUUCCCUUGAACCCAUGCCUGGGUUCUUCGAACCCAGCUGGUUCGUCGCUGGGUUCUUUGGAACCCAACGACGAACUAGUUGGGUUCCAUGGAACCCGACCUUGGGUUCGAAGAACCCAGCAUGCCUGGGUUCUUCAAACCCAGUUGGUUUGCCGCUGGGUUCCAUGGAACCUGACCCUGGGUUCCGUCGAACCCAAGCAUGGGUUCGAAGAACCCAGCUGGUUCGCUGCUGGGUUCUUUGGAACCUAACGACGAACCAGCUGGGUUCCAUGGAACCAGACCCUGGGUUCCUUGAACCCAGGGCUACAAAACUUGAAGCCAUUGAAGCUGAAUGUGCACGACUCAGGAAGGAUACGGACCUCAUGAUCAGGCAGAGUGCUGCGAGCAAGCUUAAUCUGUGUUUCAUGCUCAAAAUGCUUAAGGCUUGCGAAGAAGGCGAUUUUCUUAAGGCCACCCGGCUGCUUCGGUUGGUUUAGUUCCUCAAUCCUCAUCUUGUUCCUUUUGCUUUUCCAUGCUAAAGUGAAAGGGAAUUCUGCUUGACAUUUUCAUUUUACUUUAUCUAUUUUGCUGCACGAUAUUGACCAGGCAGAAUGAGCAAAGGCAGGGAUCUAUAUAAUGGACAAAUGAGGAACAAAGGCAGGGUUUCGAUGUAAUGGACAAGUAAGGAAUAAUUGUUAGUAGGAUUAAGCUAUUUGUUAUUGUGUUCUAUCUUCUUCUUUUUUUUUGGUGGAACCUGAUGCUUUGUUGUUCUGGCUAUUGUUAAACUCUGUGUUUCUCAUUUCCAGUUUCAUUGUGUUGAAUUGCAGAUGGUGCUUUUGGAAUUGUAAUCGGAGUUUUUUCUCGUAGUUGUACGGUACUUUUAGUUUUAGG